UUAAUAUUAUUCGCAUCGGUAAUCGAUAAAAUGCAAUUUAUGCUAAGGUUUUAAUUAUAAUUGAUAUAAUACAAAAUUGUAGUUUGUGUUAUUUCGGUAAAAUGGCGUUUAACCCUUUGAGAGUGGGUUUUCUGCAAAAACUUGUUCAGAAUGCAUUUUACACUACUAUGAUGAGACGGCCUAUGGCUUACAAAAGCGCUAUAUCUUUGGAGACAUUGUACCCCAAUAGUUCUUUGAAACUCAGCACUCCUGCGUUUAAUGCUGACCCAAAGGAGAAGUUUUCCGGCUUCAUCCCUAUGGAGAAACUGGACAUCACAUACAGUGCCAGCUCGGGGCCGGGGGGACAGAAUGUAAACAAAGUUCACACCAAGGUUGACCUGCGCUUCAAGCUGAGUGAAGCAGAUUGGCUGCACCCAGAAGUGAAGGAGAAGAUGUUAGAACUGCAUGGCAAGAAAUUAUCCAAGGAGGGGUACCUCAUCAUCCGCUCUGACGCCACUCGGUCGCAGCAGCUGAACCUAGCCGACUGUCUCCAGAAGCUUCGCACUCUGCUGAGGGACGCCGCCGUCACGCAGCGGGCGCCUUCGCCGGAGACCCUUGAGAAAGUUAGACAGAGACACCUAAAAGCGGCGCGUAUGCGAGUGGCGCUAAAGCGAGAGGACGCAGUGAAGCGCGCUCAGAGGCAGCCCCCUACCGUCGUGGACUUAUGAUUCUUCCACUAAUUGGUUGCGUUACACUAGGCUGCAGUACAUAUGGCAAUGGCAAUGGACACCUAUACUUUUAUCAGUGCUAACUUGCUGAUAUACCACUACAGACUGCAGACGUCAACUGACGCGCGGGUACAGCCAAAUAUCAGUUUUCGUGCAUUGCAACAAGGU